UUGUAACAAAAAAGCAAGUACAAAUGAUGCGGCGUUCCGCAGGGAUCAGUUGUCGGGCCUCUCCUUUUUAAGUUCUCACACUAACUACAGUGUAUUUAGCAAAAAAUAACAUAAAUAUCUCACUAAAAUUAGGAAGAUAUCCCACAUUACAUACAAUUUAACACAAAUAAUAAAAAAAUAUAGAUUUUUUUUUCUGAUGAACCACACAGGCCAGAGAGAGAGAGAGAGAGAGAGAGAGAAUUUUCUGGCACAUUCCCAAUUUAGAGAGAAUACUUUAUAUCCAUUUGUAACAACAAAAGCAAGUACAAAUGAUGCGCCGUACCGCAGGGAUCAAUUGUUGGGCCUCUCCUUUUUAAGUACUCACACUAACUACAGUGUAUUUAGCAAAAAAUAACAUAAAUAUCUCACUAAAAUGAGGAUGAUAUCCCACAUUCCAUACAAUUUAACACAAAUAAUAAAAAAAUAUAGAUUUUUUUUUCUGAUGAACCACAAAGGCCACAGACGGACAGCGUUUGUGGGACGACUGUUCUGGACUGAGACAGAAUUUCCUUUUGGUCAGUCCACCCGUCUGGUGCAACAGAGGGUAAAACCUCCAGAGCUGUGCUGCUGUUGUUACCCACAUUCUCACCAAAACACUUCCGCUUUAGUUGUGAGAAAAUUACACUAAGCUGCAUUGCGGAACAAACAACUCUCAAACCACUAAAGUGUCAAUGUUUGUCUCUAGUAUCAUGACAUUGCACCAGGGUCCUCAGAACUGAGGUGGGCAAGAAGUUUAGUUUAUUUUCCGAUUUAACUGAUACUAUUAAGACCCAUUCUGACCUGAAGCUGACUAAACUCUGACCUGUUCAUUAGAAAGAGCAGCAGAUUCCUAAACAUCACCUGUGGGUCUGAAAUCUGACCAGAAAGCACAUCAUGUUUUUUAUUUAUAUGUUGAUCCACAUCUGGCAUUUUGACUGUUUAGAUAUUUACAUGAAAUUCAGAGAGAUGACAAGCUGAUCUGUUCAAAUGAAGGGAAGAAAAUAUUCAAGUCACAGUAAACCAGUGACACUUCACUCAUAACAGGAAGUUAAAACUGCAUCUCUCUUAAAGACUCACAUCAGUGGGUCAGAGACAGUUGAGGUGGUGAGACGGAGACGGAGAAGAAGGGGACGAAAUGGUUGAACUGAGAUGGAUAACUUUCUUUGUGAUGCUGCAGUUUGCAGCAGUAAGUGGAAAAAGUACCACCUAUGUCACUGUCACUGCCAGAGAUGGAGACGAGGUCACUUUGCCUUGUAACAAUGUGAUAAAAAAUCAGCACAAAUGUGACCAAACUUCUUGGCUUUACAGUCAGAACACAGGAAAAGCAACAGAAGAGCUGAUUAGUCUCGGUCAGAUUGGUAAAAGUGAGAUAGCUGAAGCUAAAUCCAACAGACUGAGUGUGACAGCAGACUGUUCUCUGGUUAUAAAGAACGUCACACGUCAGGAUGCUGGUCUUUACAGCUGCAGACAGUUCAACAGAGCAGGAAAACUACAAGGUGGAGAUGCUCUGGUUGAUCUGUCUGUUGUUAGAAUCAUUGAAGAUCAGAGCCAUGACAAUAGCAUCUUGUACUGUACUGUGUUUUCAUAUGAAUGUGACCACACAGUGCAGUGGUUGGUUGACGGUAAAAACAAUGACGUGGAAACAAGACAGUACCCCUGUGUAGCCAGCAUGACAUUUCCAACUCGUCAUCUUAGUCAGAAGUCAAAGUUCUACAAGUCUCUGAAGUGCAACGUGACAGAUAAGAGGAGUGGGGAAACGCUGCUGUAUCGUGUCGGCCCUCGGUCUCCACGUGAGAAAAAAGAUUCAAAGGAUGAAACUGAAGGUGACAACAUCCUACAUCCCUCUUUCUCUCUCUGGUGGAGGAUCAUCAUUGUGCUUGUGGGUUUAGCAGCUCUCAUAGCAGCUGUUGUGGUGGUCAACAUGUGGAUGAGAACUGAAGGGAACCAAACACAGAGGGAAGACAAUGCUGAGCAGAAUGAUGAGGAUGGAGAUGAAGGUACAGUGACGUAUGAAAACGUUGGAGAACCUUCUGUUUCUAUCAGACUCCACUGAUCAACAACUUCAACAUCAGCAUGAAGUCGUAAAGGAAACGCAGGACAUAAUUUGAAGUGCUUUGCUAGAUAAUGUCGAACUUCUCUUUCAGAUUUAAACAUUUUAUAUUCAGCACUGACAGCUACGCCAUUGUUAAACUAUUGAGUCUUGAUCUGUAAAGAUCAACAGAUUGUUUUUUUUAUCAUUAUCAUUUACAAAUUAUAGUUAUUCUUUAAACACAUAGGCUACAUGGUAUGAUGUGUGAUAUAACUGCCAUAUUUUCAGACAUUUUUUUCUGUAAACAUGUUCAUUGGAAGUCUAAUAUGUUUUAUAUGCUUUGCUGUGUGCGCUUGAGUGAGCUUUCGGCUCUAACAAAGUCUUGUUAGAAUUAUAUAAUU